UUUAAAAAUAACAAUCAUAAGAGCUAGGCAGCCGCCUCGCUAACAGUCUAGUCAUCACAGCCGAAACGUUAAAACCUAUUUAGCCCGCUGUGUUUUGAACACCACUCUGUCGUAUACAUUACUGCCUCUUUGCAUUUACGUUUUUAAUUCUCUAACUGUUCGCUAGAUUAUUAACAUUAAACGCUUUAUCUUACAUUUCUGACCAUGACGUCUGUAAGCUUCUCGUCUACUCCUGGAGAGGUCUGUUGGACGGAGAAAGAUGGUCUGUGGCUGAACAUUGUUGUGAAAGAGGAGAAGGAAGAAGAGGCUGUCACCGUACAAAAUGAAGUAGAGGGUGAGGUUGCCACUGUGAAAGACGUUUUUGGAGUUAAGGAGGAAGGGAUGUCUGUCACAUUGGAAAAGGAGACCAGACUUCUUAACCCCCGGGACAGAGCAGACUGUCGUCCUGACAGUAGGAAGAUUCCUUCCUUGGAGCUAGACCCAGAAACCCCCAAACCAGCAAGACCACACCACUGUUCCCACUGUGGAAAAACUUUUGUUAAAUCACAUGUCUUGAAGGAGCAUGAGAGAAUACACACAGGAGAAAAACCUUUUCAAUGUUCUCAAUGUACAAAGAGUUUUAACGUGUUAGGGAAUCUUAAAAGGCAUCAAAGAACACACACGGGAGAGAAGUCUUACCACUGCUCUCAGUGUGGAAAGAGUUUUACCCGUUUAGAGAGUAUAAAAACACAUGAGAGGACACAUACAGGAGAGAAGCCUCACCACUGUGCCCGUUGUGGAAAGAGAUUUAACCAAUUAGUAAACCUAAAGUCACACGAAAGAACGCACACUGGUGAGAAACCUUAUGACUGCUCCCAGUGUGGAAACAGCUUUACCCGUUUAAGUAGCCUGAAAAUGCAUGAGAGAACACACACAGGAGAGAAGCCUUACAACUGCUCCCUGUGUGGAAAGAGUUUUUACAAGUUAGGACACUUGAAAUCACAUGAAGGAACGCACACAGGAGAAAAGUCUUACCACUGCACCCUGUGUGGGAAGAAGUUCAGCUGGUUACAAAGCCUCAAACAUCAUCAAAGAAUACAUACAGGAUAGAAUUCUUACCAUUGUGAAAAAAAUGUGGUUGUUGCAUCCAUUUCAAUGUAAAAACUGUACUUCAUAACAGCACAUUGUCUUUUAUAAAAUGUAACAAUUUUACAUCCCACACUUAGGAAUCUAUUGAACAUUUAUGAAAAGGUAUUAAAAUGAAUCAAAAACA